AGACUCAUACCACUGUGGAACUGUAGUGCUAACUCCAAAGAUGGCUGGGAAAGAUAUGCUGGUGCUUCCGGCAGCAGACAUCAGUACUGAUGGUGACCGCAACCCUACAGAUACCUCUAAUGAUGAAGAUGGAAAACCAAACACAGAAACAAUGCAACUUAAGAAAGAAAUCUCUCUCCUAAAUGGCAUCAGUCUUAUUGUGGGCAACAUGAUUGGGUCUGGCAUCUUUGUUUCCCCAAAAGGGGUCUUAAUAUACAGUGCUUCCUAUGGACUGUCCUUAGUGAUCUGGGCACUUGGUGGAAUUUUCUCUGUAAUUGGUGCUCUGUGCUAUGCGGAGUUGGGGACCACUAUAAAGAAGUCGGGAGCUAGCUAUGCCUAUAUUUUGGAGGCUUUUGGGGGGUUCAUUGCCUUCAUCCGCCUGUGGACUUCAUUGCUGAUUAUUGAACCCACCAGCCAGGCUGUGAUUGCAAUAACAUUUGCCAACUAUUUAGUUCAGCCAGCAUUCCCUUCCUGUGAACCUCCCUAUACUGCAUCACGCUUGAUUGCUGCUGCUUGUAUCUGUAUCCUAACUUUUAUAAAUUGUGCCUAUGUGAAGUGGGGUACUCGAGUUCAGGAUGUUUUCACUUAUGCCAAACUUAUUGCCCUUGUUGUGAUAAUCAUUGCUGGCUUCGUUCGGCUCUGCCAAGGGUACACGAACCACUUUGUGGAUGCCUUCGAAGGCUCUUCCUGGAAUGCAGGCGAUAUAUCACUAGCACUUUACUCUGCUCUGUUUUCCUACUCUGGCUGGGACACAUUAAAUUUUGUAACAGAAGAAAUCAAAAAUCCUGAGAGGAACCUUCCUUUGUCCAUUGCUAUCUCCAUGCCUGUGGUGACUGUUAUCUACAUCCUGACCAACAUUGCAUACUAUGUAGUACUGGAUAUGAAUGCAAUUUUAGCUAGUGAUGCGGUAGCUGUGUCUUUUGCAGAAGAAACCUUGGGCUAUAUGAAAUGGAGUAUCCCCAUUGCUGUGGCCUUGUCCUGCUAUGGUGGACUGAAUGCUUCUAUAAUAGCUGCAUCUAGGUUGUUCUUCGUUGGCUCAAGAGAGGGUCACCUGCCAGAUAUGUUGUCUAUGAUCCACAUCCAAAGAUUUACACCAGUUCCUGCACUACUGUUUAAUUGUGCUAUGGCCCUCAUUUACUUGGCAGUGGAAGAUGUCUUCCAGCUCAUCAACUACUAUAGUUUCAGUUACUGGUUCUUUGUGGGUCUGUCUAUUGCUGGGCAAGUCUACCUCCGCUGGAAGGAGCCUGAUCGACCCAGGCCUCUCAAGCUUAGCCUGUUCUUCCCAAUUGUGUUUUGCCUGUGUACCAUUUUCCUGGUGGCUGUGCCACUCUACAGUGAUACUGUAAACUCACUGAUUGGAAUUGGGAUUGCCCUGUCUGGAGUCCCUGUGUACUUCAUGGGAGUCUACCUCCCAGAGUCAAAAAGACCACCCAUCAUUGGAAAGCUGCUUGGUUUUCUGACCAGAAUUACCCAGCUAGCCUGCUACUGUGUUGUAACAGAGAUGGACCCUGUUGAUUAAGAAGACGAGAAGAGAAGAGAUCGAAUAUAUAUCUGCAGUAAGAAAGACAAUAUUGAGACAGGCCUGCUGAGAAAAGUCAGUGUUCUGGAAACUUAAAACUCCAAUUUCUUCUUCCACAGAGCACAUGGACUUGAGUCAAGACAAUAGAACACAAUUUCUACUAAAGAAAGUUACUGUUUUGUUUUUGAACUAUUCAAGCUCUACAUUCAAAAAACACCAGAGUGUGUUGGCUGUAGCAGAGACUUGAAGUCACUAAGCACAUAGUCUGUAAGCAAUGCCUCAGUAUGAAAGCAGGACUGGAACUUGGAUGUUCACCAAAGGGAAAUACCGUUUCAGUUCCAUGCUGCUUUUCAUGUUUAAAGGGGAGGUGGGUGAUUUGACCCUGAAUUAUUAGAAAGUUUUAUCUCCUCUUCUUGAAUACCAAAGGCUUCUGACAUUUAAAACGUCUUCCGUGAACUUACGACACUUUAAACGCAAGUCUGCAAUCAUGGGUUUUGUUUGCACAGAACUGACUGGUCGUCAUCCAGCCUGUAUGUCAAAAGUGUACACAGAAAAGCUGUAUUGAUUGCGUCUGAAGAGGUCUUCCUUUUUAACAAUUCCUUUGUUAUAUUAUGACACAAAUACAGAACUGGUUUUAUCUUCACUUACUUUAUUCCUCUGGCUUGUUUUACUUGCAAAGGAUUCUGUUCCCAGUACUUACAGCUGAUUAUUCAGAAAUUGAAUUAAAUACAGUUGUACUGGUUUAAUGAGGUUAAAAGCAAAUCUAUCUUAUGGGUAAGUGUACAGCAAUGAAGGUUUAAACGACUCGGCAAUUAUGAACUACCUAACAGAGCAAAAUCUGUUUUGACUACCUCAUAAGUAAUCAGACUUGCCCUAUAUAUUUCUGUUCAGCAAAAUCUGUGGUGCAAAAUUACAAGUUUGGCCUGCCUGGCAAACAGCAACUUUAAAAUAAAGUUGAGUCUUUUUCAGUAGGCUGAAA